GUACCGCCAUCUUGGAAUCAAGACUUGGAAGUCGUAACCAAAAUCACAAGAUGAAGGCCGUGUUGUUAACGGGGGUUAGCUUUAUCCUGACAUCAAUUGUCGUAGGAAAUGCAUAUUAUCAAAAGAAGCAGUUUUAUCCGUCGGUUGUGUAUAUAACGAAGUCUAACCCGAGUAUGGCCAUGCUGUAUAUACAAGCUUUUGUUGGAGUCAUUUUAAUGGGAAAAUUAAUGAGGAAAAUUUUCUUCGGGCAACUGCGUGCUGCAGAAUUGGAGCAUUUGAUCGAAAGAUCUUGGUAUGCAGUGACAGAGACCUGCCUGGCCUUCACAGUGUUUCGAGAUGAUUUCAGUCCAAGAUUUGUAGCUUUGUUUACCCUUUUGUUAUUCUUGAAAUGCUUCCACUGGCUGGCAGAGGACAGGGUGGACUAUAUGGAGCGGAGUCCAGUGAUUUCUGUGAAAUUUCAUGCUCGAGUUUCAUCUCUGCUUGCCCUGUUGGCAAUGUUGGACCUGUAUUUCAUCAAUGAUGCCUACUACAGCACUCUCACUAAGGGAGCCUCAGUACAGCUAGUAUUUGGGUUUGAGUAUGCAGUCUUGUUGACAGUGGUGUGGAUGACCUUGAUGAAAUACCUACUUCACUCCAUUGACCUUCAGAAUGAGAACCCUUGGGAAAACAAAGCUGUAUACCUUUUAUACACAGAACUUAUUAUAGGUUUUAUAAAGGUUGUGUUGUACAUAGUGUUUAUGGCCAUUAUGAUAAAGGUUCACACAUUCCCGUUGUUUGCCAUCCGUCCUAUGUAUUUGUCUUUGAGAGGCUUUAAGAAGGCACUUCAUGAUGUGAUCAUGUCCCGACGUGCUAUACAGAACAUGAACACAUUGUACCCAGAUGCUACCGCAGAGGAGCUCCAGGCUGGGGACAAUGUUUGUAUCAUUUGUCGUGAGGAUAUGCUGGCCACUUGUAAGAAACUUCCCUGUAACCACAUCUUCCAUACAAGUUGUCUGCGUUCCUGGUUCCAGCGCCAACAGACCUGUCCUACAUGCAGAAUGGAUGUAUUAAGGAUGAACCGCCCAGAGCUGGCCACACCCCAGCAACAGCCUCAACAGCCACAACAACAGCCACAACAGCCACAAGUACCACAGAUGCCACAAAUGCCACAAAACUUAUUCCAGGGAUUUCCUGGUAUGCCGCCAAUGUGGCCAAACAUGCCACAACAGCCACAAGCAGCCCCAAGUACCACAGGUGCUAGUUCUACAACAACAACCCCAGCAGCCACGCCCACGACUUCUGCAGGCACACACACAGUGGGCUCAACCUCCACACAACCAACACCCACCACCACUCCUACCUCUGCGGUUCCUCCAAUAGUGCCACCCAUGCUGCCAUUUAUGAUGCCGUAUGGUAACUAUGCCAUGCCGAGGCCCCCUAGAAACCUGACAGGUCUGUCUGUGGAGGAACUGAAGGCGAUGGAGGGACAACAACGGGAGAAUGUAGAAGCCAGACUUCAAUGGUUACAAGACAUACAGGCCCUGCUGGACGGGGCUAUGGUGCUCAUACAACAGUACAAUGCUGUAGCCACACAGACAGGGAUAGCAGAAAUCAGUACAGCAAGUUUUCCGUUAUCACAAAACAAAUCUGAUAUAAAGAAAGAAAAGGAAGCUGAUACUGAGAAAAAAGGGUUAGACCCCCAUUCCACAGAUAAAACCAAUACAGAGGAUCAAAAAUUAGAUUUUACAGGUCUGGAAGGAGCAACAGGUUUCUCGCCAGCAAAAGAGGAAACGAUUCCAUCAUGGGAAGACCCUCACGAAGAGGAACACAAUGAUGAGAUGCACGAAGUACGGAAACGCAGGCUUCAAAAGUUUACUCAAGAAAAUCCUUCUAGUGUGAAAAUGGAACACAAAUCACAGGACUGAGCAAGCUGCUUAUCACAGACUUUCAGCAACAGUGUGUUUUUGGCUCCUAGUCAACAGAGUGCCGCAUUCCUUGGAACAGAUGUUGUAUGUGUGUGUUCGGUAUCUAAGGUAUCUGAAAGUGUUAGAUACCUGAGGUAUCAUAAAGAGUGAUAGUUAUAUAUACACCUGUAUCCGGAGUGUUAAUGUGGUUUAUCAGAGAAUUUUAGUUAUACACGUAUCUGAAAGAGUGCCUGCUACUCGGGAGAAUGAUGCCUGCUAGGUACUGGACCUCAGAGCGUGUGCAAUAAACAGAAUGAUUUACAGUACCUCUUGGGGACAUAAAAUGGUGAUAAUGGAAUCACAACGAUGAUGCCAAAUGACAAUUUUCGAAAAGAAUAAUCAUGUGGGUCACAAAUUGAGGUUGUAGCCCACAUGUUUACCUAGUAGGUAAUUUGAAUUGCUUGAACUGACUUACCCAUCCCAUAAAUGCUAUUCCGUGGGAUUGUUACACAUACAGCAUUUUACCAUUGUUAUGCAUUUUUUCUCAUUAUUCAAUAUUUGGAUGCAUAUAAUAUUAAAGUGGAAUGUUAAUACAAUCAUUUUAAUUGGGCUUCACAUUUUUAAUAAAAAGAAAGGUGGUAGGGUAUUUUAAAUUCAGAUUAGAUAGGUUUGUUGUUUUCUGAUAUUAAGUUACAUGCUAGUGUUAAUUUUGAUUAAUUACUAGUUGGUUUUCCAACUCGUUGCAUUGCUUAAUAAAUCACAUAUGUGUGGUUGUUUAGACGGCUUUGAUUAAUCAUCAUGUAACGGUUUUAAGAAAGCUACACAAAUUUACCCCCA